AUUCCAGGCAGGUUUUUCUGGGAGAGCAGCGAGGUCGGGAGAGGCGAGUGCGCUUGGCUUCUGCGUUCCCUUCUCCGAAACUCGCGCUCCCUGCAGUGAGGUGCCCACCAUGCCGUUCUCCAACAGCCACAACCUUGUGAAGUCGAAAUUCUCCGCGGAGGAUGAGUUCCCCGACCUGAGUAGCCACAACAACCACAUGGCUAAAGUGCUGACCAUGGAGAUGUAUGCCCGACUGAGGGGGAAACAGACUUCCAGCGGAUUUUCUGUGGAUGACGCGAUUCAGACUGGGGUUGACAACCCAGGUCAUCCCUACAUUCUGACUGUAGGAUGUGUAGCUGGUGAUGAGGAUUCAUAUGACGUGUUUCAGGAACUUUUUGACCCCGUUAUCGAGGACCGACAUGGAGGCUACAAGCCUACGGAUCAGCACAAGACGGACUUGAAUGCAGAUCACUUACAGGGUGGCGAUGAUCUGGAUCCCAACUAUGUGCUAAGUUCACGUGUCCGAACUGGUCGGAGCAUUCGUGGCUUCUGCCUUCCUCCUCAUUGUAGCAGAGGAGAGAGACGUGCCAUUGAAAAGCUCUCUGUGGAAGCUCUGUCUAGCCUGGAAGGGGACCUCAGUGGAAGGUACUAUGCCCUGAAGAACAUGACGGAAGAUGAGCAGCAGCAGCUUAUUGAUGAUCACUUCCUGUUUGACAAGCCGGUUUCUCCCCUCCUCUUGGCCUCUGGGAUGGCACGAGACUGGCCUGAUGCCCGGGGCAUCUGGCACAACGACAACAAGACCUUCCUUAUCUGGGUCAACGAGGAAGAUCAUCUUAGAAUUAUUUCUAUGCAGAAAGGUGGAAAUAUGAGGGAAGUUUUCACCCGGUUCUGUAAUGGACUAACGCAGAUUGAAGCACUCUUCAAAUCCAAAAACUAUGAAUUCAUGUGGAACCCCCACCUUGGCUAUAUCUUGACCUGCCCAUCCAACUUGGGAACGGGUCUCCGUGCAGGAGUUCACAUUAAACUGCCCAACCUUGGGAAGCAUGAGAAAUUUGGGGAAAUCCUCAAGAGGCUGAGACUGCAGAAACGUGGCACAGGUGGUGUGGACACUGCAGCAGUGGGAGGCGUCUUCGAUGUCUCCAACGCCGACCGCCUUGGGUUCUCUGAGGUGGAGCUGGUACAGAUGGUGGUUGAUGGAGUGAAGCUACUGAUUGAAAUGGAGAAGCGCCUUGAGAAGGGCCAGUCCAUCGAUGACCUCAUGCCAUCGCAGAAAUGAAACGCACUUUAACGUCCCGGCACCCACCCCUGCUCCAUGCUUCUCCCUAACUUAUUGGAUGAAUAUCACACACACACAUGCAAAAAGGAGACGCUCCAAUCAGAAACCCUGGAGUCAAAAGAGAAAUUCCCACUUAGUAACACUUGUAGAAAGUCUUCCAUCCAUAUGUGUUAGAGUUUAUUUUUUGAGGGCUGAAAUGUCACGGAGAAACUGAAAUAAACCAUGGAUUGGCCUGA